GAAAAACACCAGAAAACACAGAGACCAUUCGAUCCUGCUUCAAUGGUCGACAAACGCAAGAGAGAAGCAGUGGUAAUCCCAGGGCCUGCGCAGAAGGCGUCGCGGAAGGAAACAAGCGCUCCAGAGUCGCCUCGGGCUUUUGAGGAUUCUGAGGUGUCGGACUUUGUUGAGGAGGACGACGAUGAUGAUCUUCUGGAGGAUGAAGGUGACGACGAGGACAAUGAGGACGCUAUGGAUGGCGUUGAGACUGCCAUGGUCCCUACUGCAGGAAAGUCGGGAAGGGAUGCUCAUUUCGCCCCUCCGUCGCGUGAGGAAAUCCAAGGACUGCAGGAAACGAGCGAGCUCUACAAGUCCAACAUCUUCAAGCUUGAGAUCGAUGAGCUUCUUUCUGAGGUUCGCCUGAACCUUGAGAAGAUGAAGUCGGUCGAGAAGGCUCUUCACCACCUUCGCAAUGUAAUUGACAGCAUUCCGGAAACGACAGAGACGUCGUUGCUUGCUUUUGAGGAGAACAUGUCGAAGAAGCACAAGAUCCAGGUUCCGUUCUGUGAACCUCGUCCUUCUGCAGACGCACAAUAUAAGUUCUCGUACCGCAAACCGGCAAAUAUCAACCUUGUUGGAAGUUAUGCCCUGAAGACUGUUAUCAAGCAACCGGAGGGGUUCAAUGUGGAUGUUGCUAUCACCAUGCCCAGCGAAAUUUUCCAGGAUAAGGAUUACCUUAAUCAUCGCUACUUUUAUAAGCGUGCCUGUUACCUUGCAAGCCUUGCUGCUGGUAUUAGGAAGGCCGACAAGAAAUCAGCCUUCAACAUCGAGUUUGCGAACCUCAACGGAGAUGUUCGACGACCAAUCCUUGUUAUUCGUGCCGGCGGUGAUGGCAGCGAACUCGAUUUCACGAAGGCCAAGUGUUGCAUUCGCUUGCUUCCGGCUAUUCCGGAUGCUCUGUUCCCUGCCAGCAAAUUGGCACCUACUCGUAACUGCGUUCGCCCGUCCAAUGCUGCGACCGACUCGAAGUUGCCGCCCACGCCCACUUACAACUUUUCGGUCCUGUCAGACAUGACCUUCUUUCCCCAUCUCACCUUGCUCUACGCCAGGACUAAGGCUUGCGCCGCUUUCAGAGAUGCUUGCACUUUAGGAAGAAUCUGGCUUCGUCAACGCGGAUUUGGAGGUGACAUCCAAAGGGGAGGAUUUGGAAGUUUCGAGUGGUCCAUGUUGAUGGCAUUCCUGUUACAGGGUGGUGGUCCGAGAAAUGCUCCGGUGCUUGCGGAUGGCUACAGUUCCUACCAGUUGUUCAAGUCAACUAUUCAAUUCUUGGCUAAGCGGGAUUUUGUCAAGGAGCCGGCUAUCAUGGGUAAUGAGAGCGAUGUGGUGGUGGAGGGAGGCAAUUUCGUUGACGCGAAGCACCACCUUGACCUUUUUGGAAAAAUGUCCGGCGCGUCCUUAAAGUUUCUGCGGGACGAAGCUGUGCUUUCGUUCAACCUGUUGAACGAAACCGCAGUGGACUACUUUGAUGCGCUCUUUUUGAAACGCAUGGAUGAACCUGUCCUCAAAUAUGACCUGUUCUUUACGGUUCCCGUGCCUUCGGCGCACGACAAGUCGUAUGAUGCGACAGCCAGACUGGACUGUCCUGAUUAUGCUGUUCACUUCUCGCAGCGCCUGCAUCGUAUUCUUGCGCGUGCGUUGACGGACCGUGUCAGCCUUAUUGCAAUUAACGGGACUCGCGUUGAUUCCUGGUCCAUCGAGGCAUCGCCAAAGUCGGACGCCAGUGCUGUUCAGGUUGGCCUUCUACUUGAUCCCCAGGCAUCUCGUCGACUUGUCGACCAUGGGCCUGCCGCCGAUGACAAGCAGGAAGCAGCACGUUUCCGAUCUUUCUGGGGUGAGAAGUCAGAACUGAGAAGAUUCAAAGACGGAAGCAUCCUGGAGAGUCUUGUGUGGAGCGCGAAAUCGGUGGAAGAGCGUGCGCUUGUGGUUCAGCAGAUUGUCAGCUAUAUCGUGAAACGUCACAUUGGUCAGGCCGUCGCCGAUGGCAUCAAUUACAAGUAUCUGGACUUUUCUCGCUUUAUCAAUGUUCCGAAGCAACUCAAGUCCUUGAUCUACGAGCAGGGUGAGCCAUUCGAGACCUUUCAGCCCGCCCUAUUUGCCUUCGAUCGCUUUGUCAAGGACCUGAACGGCAUGGAAGACUUUCCUCUGAGCAUCUCGACCGUGCUUCCUGCAUCUGCGGCUUUGAGGUACUCUACAGUUUUGGCACCGUUGCCUCGCAAGUACUCAGAGCUUCCGCUGGUGCCCGCCGCUCUUUCUUACGUUGACGUUAUCGAUGUUGUAGUCCAAUUUGAGAGCUCUGGCCGAUGGCCCGAUGAUCUUCGGGCUAUUCAGAAAACGAAGGUUGCGUUCCUUCUAAAGAUGGCCGAGAUUCUCGAGAACACCGCCGAGGGCUGUUCUGUUCGCGUGGGUUUGGAGAACGAGGAUUUGGAUAUCGCCAAUGCUGGCUUCCUUGACGUGGUGUAUGACAAUGGCUACGCAUUCCGGGCCAGAAUUCAGCACGACCGCGAGAUGACGCUCUUAGAGCGUUCCCUCAAAGGCAAGGCUGUCUUUGGCAAGGACAAAGACAAUUAUCAAAGAGCCCUUGAUCAAUAUCGCAGAUUCUUCCUUAACACCCCCAGGCAUACCUUCGCAAUGCAAGCACUCUGCCAACAGCACCCAUCACUGUCAUCUGUCGUUCGUGUGUUGAAGCGAUGGUUCAAUUCGCAUUUCUUGACAUGUCAUGUGCCCGAAGAGUUGAUUGAAUUGAUUGCCGCAAGCUCAUUCACGGAGUCCGGAUCGUGGUCUACUCCAGCCAGCACUUCAACCGGUUUUGCUCGCUGCAUUGCUUUCCUGGGAGGCUGGGAUUGGCGUGCUGACCCCCUCAUCAUUGAUUUCGAUGGUUCUAUCAGUGGAAGCAUGAGGACGGACAUCCUUGAGAAGAUGGCUGAGCUUCGCAAGCAAGACCCCGCCAUGGCUCAUCAUGCAAUGUUUGUUGCGACUAGCUACGACCUCACGGAGAGCUUCUGGACACGCAGGCAGCCGACGAAAUUGGUUGCAGCUAGGAUUACCGCUUUGGCAAGAGCAACUUUGGGCCAGUUAAUGCAGGCUACUGGUCCUGCACAGCGAAUCUUUGCCACACCUACUUCCGACUAUAAUUUUCUGAUUCAUCUGAAUGCCGAAUGCAAUCCGACUGCUUACAAGAGUGUUGCCGUUGAUGCCAAGUCACUCCUUGCUGGCCGUACUCAGCAAUACAAAAACACCGCGGCGAACUCAAUCGCAGACGUUCAAGUUGGCUUUGACCCCAUCUGCAGAUUCCUCGAGGAAGUACAGGCGACGUAUGGAGAUAGUUUGUUGCUCUUUUACGACGGCUUAGGUGGAUCUGUUGUGGGUGGCUUAUGGAAUCCCCUUGUUCUUGGAGCAAAGCCCUUCAAAGUUAACCUGGGUUUCUCUGCUGAACCCAUUUCUGAAGUUGCAAAGGAUAAGAAAGCCAAGUUCGUUAUCAACAAAGCUGCAAUCUUGGCAGAAAUUCAGAGAGUGGGUGGUGACAUGAUUGGAUCGAUUGAGGAAUCAAAUUAGGGUAUAUUUAUUAGCUUGGCUAAUUGUGCUGUGUGCUUUGCCUGUGUGG